AUGUCAAACUAUAUAGAAGCAACAAUGCAAGACCCGCAGACCCGAGAGGUUAACGAGCUUGCCGCUCGACUCAAGCGUAUGAACAUCGAAGACACUUUUCAACCAAACCGAAAACUGGGAGAGGCGAGUGCGAGUAAAGUGAUCCUUAAUCCACCUGAGCCCAAUGUAGAUAUAAUUCGUCCUUCCCAAGAAAGACAAUGA